GCGGUAACGAAUACAGGGCGACGCUACCGCAUGGCAUACGAGUCACCCUUAGUCACCACGGAUUACUUUACGCGCUUCUUCCUUUCGGGACAAGCCUGUUCACUCCGCUCGUGGAUGCUGAGGAAUGAUCACGUGAACAAAAGGUUAUAGUGAAUUUCGGAAUGUUUAUCAUAGAUGUGUUUGUCAUAGAUGUGUUGUUAAUAUUACAGUAAAUGUACGUUACUGUACGUAGUGGAAAGAGUAAUUUUUGUGUAAUAAAAUUAUAUAUUUACAGUAUGUACAUAUAAUUUAUACACUGUUAUAUUAACUGUUCUAUACGAGGUGUUGCGUAAAGUAACUGUUGACUAAAAGUUUUUACGAAAAUCUUUAGUAACUUUCUCGCAAAACUGUAAUUUAGUUUUUUUCCAUUGAACCUUGUUUUUAUUGUCGACCUCGAAAUCGGCGUAAUAGCCGUACGGAAAUUUUACGUAUUUGUACGUGCGUCUAAGGCUCAUUAUCUGACGAACUUGGAAAACAAAGGCAGAGUGUAAAGAAUUCUUAACAAGACCACAGACAAUCAUCAGAGAAAUCGGAAACGACCGAUUCAUCACAGUCACGUGAAUCCUUUUAUAUCUGCGAGUUUGACAAUUGCAAUCUUACGGCUGAGAGGAUCUACAUAGAUUGAUCGCUUCAGGAUUUCUCGUGAACGUGGAACCGCAACACAACCGUGAUACAAACCUGUGGAAAAAAGAGUCGUCGAAAAAAUACGAGGAGAAAGGUGUACAAAUAAACACGCUUGAACGAAUAUCAGUCAACUAUAACGUGCAAACAGAAGCGUCAUUACUGCGACAUUGGAUAUUGCUGUGAAAACUGUUUACGUAUCAUGCCAACAUUGACAUUGGAAUACUUAACAAAUUCACGUCACGACUUUUCGAAUAGUGAGACGUGGAAUCACGGAUUUUGAAAGGAGGCACGUUCCUUUCUUAUUUUUGAUUCUGAAUCGUUGAAUAAUAAUUCCUUUGUCAUUUACAUCAAAAGGUCAAUGGUUCACUUGCCGUGCAUAUCUGUUAAUUCAGAAUAAUGCCGGCUAUGUCAGAGCUUCUGGGCUUCUUUUUCAUCGCGAAUCGCGAAAACAUCUUCAAGUCAACUUGAAGGGAUUGUGCGGGCUAUAUAGUGCAACUUAAAGAGUGAAAAUUCGAAGACGUGGACACAGAGACGCCUGCAAACUAUCGAUCGACCUGCAGCUUCAAGAGGAUGCUCCCUUUGGUCCCGUAGGAGCAGAAUUCUCAUAGUCACGUGUGUCGCGUGGAGCGCUACGAUAAACGCGGAGAGGGGAGAAACGGGGAAAGAGAUAGUGGGGUGGGCGAGAAAGGGAGACGUUUUCCAACCACGCGACACCACGAUAUCGUCAUGGAAAAUCGAUUCGACGCCGACCACCACCCCGCUACAACCACCCGUCGCAGUGCAAUGACCUCCAAACCGGGAAGAUCGUAUAGCGUGAGGUCUCCGCGAAUCGGAGGUCCUCUUUCGCAAUCUCUGGCUAUGAUUCCUCCAACCAUGCACGGGCAUGAGUUUAAUCAACCCUUGUCGAGAGUGGUUAUGGUCCGUAAAACGGAUCAAAGGACAUUCAGCAAAGGAAGACGAGGUGGUGAACCUCUUCUGGAAACUGUUACCAGGGAAACCGUUGAAUUGUUUAACGGUGGUCGAGCAGAGAGAAAAUAUACCUCCGAAACGAGAGACAUCGUUACACCAAAGUCUAGCAGCAUGCCAUCGCUCAACGUGCACGGAACGAAAAAGAAGUCGGUCGGUUUUGUCGAUCAAGUAUCGCCCGACAGGUCGAGGACAGACUCGGUAAGAUCGAAAUCUCCGUUGACAGCAUCGCCAGCAUCACCGGGUCCGUUGUCAAAUUCCUUGCAUGGUAGUUUCCAUGGCAGUCUAGGAAGCGAUGGCAUGUCUUGUAGCAGUGCCAGAUCCUCCUCGGCGUCUCCCGAUUCCGCGAGAUAUUCAUCCUCACAGAUAACAAAGAUUGACACGCGUAAACCGUCUGUGCGCAGAUCAGGGCCUCCAAAGGAAUUUAUUAACGUCUGCCUCGAUACGCAUAAUUUCUACCGAUCGCGGCAUGGAGUACCACCGUUACGACUCAGCAAGCAGCUGUGUAAGACAAGUCAAGACUGGGCUAAUAUAUUAGCGACUAAAGGUAGAUUAGAACACAGAGCAAAUAUUGAUUAUGGAGAGAAUCUCUAUUGCAUGUGGAGCUCCAAUCCAAAAACUAUUGUUGGUGGCGAAGAACCAGUGAAUGAAUGGUACGCUGAAGAGGCUCAGCAUCAAUAUGGAAAGGAGCCCACAACAUUAAAGACUGGUCAUUUCACACAAGUGAUCUGGAGGGACAGUACUGAGUUAGGGGUGGGAAUGGCUAGAAAUCGAAAUGGCGAGGUUUAUGUUGUCUGUAAUUACAAUCCUGCUGGGAAUUUCCUAGGCAGUUUUACAGAGAACGUUCUUCCACCCGUGGACGUUGGUCCUGCGAAACGAAUUAAUUUUACAGACCUAAAGCAACAUUAUAUAGACGAGCAAACAUGGCAGAAGGAGGCAUUACUAGUUCACAAUGAAUAUCGAAGGAAACAUCGUGUACCGGAUUUAAGACUGAGUCCGGAGUUAACAGCCGCUGCUAAGGCUUGGGCAAAUACGUUGCUAAAUACAAAUAAACUGAUACCUCAAUCGUCGUCUCCGUAUGGCGAAAACAUUUAUUCAAUGCAGUGUUCCGAUCCUAAAGUAAUCGUUUCUGCACGUGAAGUCAUUUCAAAGUGGUAUUCCGAGAAAAAAGAACAUAAAUUUGGCAUUGAGCCGAAAGUUCUUAACACAUGCCAUUUUACGCAAAUUGUCUGGAAAAACACAACUGAAAUGGGUAUUGCAAUGGCUAAGCGGGAUGGUACAUGUGUCGUAGUGGCAUGUUACCAUCCGAGAGGUAAUAUAGUUGGACAGUUCACUGAAAACGUACUAAAGCCUAUAAAGAAUGUCUAGCCGGACUCCUUUCUGUCGAUAAUGUAUUUAAAACUCUGUAUUUAUGUAUCGAGAAGAUAAAUGCGUAAUAUAUGUAAUGUAUAUACGACACUUGUCUAUACACGUAUAAUAAACAUUCCACAUACACAUAUUUAUAA